UUUUUUACGAAUAUGUCAUUCCAUUUUCAAUAUCUUAAUCCAUCAAAUCACAAUUUCAAAGGCAUAAUAAGUUACAGAGAAAUAAAAAUGGUGAUUUUAACCUAUUUCUUUUCCCACCAAGAUUAAUUAGAAUGAAUUGCAGAAUAGAAUCCCGUUGAGUGGGAGAAUGUUAUGGUAAUUCCAGAAAAGAAAAGGGAAAAAGAUAGCAACAUAUCUAGUUGAUACUCAACAUUUGGAGCAGAUAGUUGCAAGCCUUAGCAGCAGCGGCAAUCAACUCAUCCGCUGCUUAGUUCCAUUUCAAGGUCUCCAGAUUACCUUCCAUUUUUCCUUUUGCUGACAUUCUUAUUCGGCACAUAUUUUCUUGUUGAGGAUCCUGAAGAAAUUGAUAGUACAACAUAAUCGGGUGAUCUUCUUGCAGUCAAACCUCCGGACUUGAGAGAAGGCACGAAGUUAAACAGAUAUUCGGAUUCACUUGUGUCCCUGUAAUAAUAAAUGAUCCGCCUGACAUCACUAUAGAGUUUCGAAGAACAAAAGUCUUGAAUCAUCUGAUCAAGUCCAAGACAACUAAGAAGCUCAAUAGCUCUUUCACACUUUUCAUCACUUACUCCAAAACUCCCUUGGCAAAAUCUAGAUCCCCAUCUGCCUAACUAUGGCCUUCCAUAUGUUGUGCAAUACUGUGAAGCAACCGUAGAUCCAUAUCUCCCAUUGACGGAAAGAAGAUGCCCGAAACCAUUACAAUGAAUCAACCCAUAUAAAAGAUGAGUGAUGAACGAAAAAUAAACAAACCAAAUAAUCCAUGGUUGAAAAUGAAAUACGAAGAUGAUGAAACACUAUAAAUUUUUAAGAAUCUAUAUCUAUCUAUAUACCUAUAUAAAGGAAAAUCCUAGGCGGCUGACGUGGCAUAGCAAAUUACUCCUGAAUCAUUAUUAAAAAUAAAAAGAAUCCUAGCUACCAGGAGAUCAUAACUAAAGUUAAUGAUUGAACUUAAUGAUGAUCGUUUGGAAUUCUCAGAAGGUUUUAACGGGAGCUUUUAAUUAGAGUGCGAGUAAUUGUUUGAUAACACAGUAGAGGGGCUCAAAAAACAGAGAAAUGAGUUAGAAGAGUGCGAGUAAUUUGCUAUGCCAUGUCAGCCGCCUAGGAUUUUCCUUCUAUAUCUUUAUAUCUUUAUAUUUAUUUAAAGGAGGUUCUCAGCAGGAUGACAUGGCAUGCUUGAGAGUCCUUCCUUCAAAUUCUCCUUUUUUCUGGACUUUUGCAUUUUAUUAAUUAAAUCUUUUUCUUAAAACUGAGAGCUAUAAAGAUCUAACGAAAAGUUAAUGACCUCUUUUUACAUUUGUGUCUUUUUAGUGUCUUUCUUUGCGCCCGAGAUAGCUUUUUCACUUGCAGAGCUCCCAUCUCAAUAUCAGCCGGAGCUUCCGCCAUGCAUGCCAUCUGAGUUGUUGUUUGUGAAUACGUCGCAGCACGGAGUCGGCCAGACCUCUAAUCGCACCUUCGCUCGCCGUCUCGCCCCUUCUGAGGGGAAUUUUAAUUAUUGGAGGCUACUGUUUUUUCACUCUGAUACAUACUUUCAAGCCGAAAUGACCUUCGUUUGGCAGAUGGAAAUCAUUUUGGACAGCUGUCACGGAAAAGGCUCAUUUAGUGGAUUAGAGGUGAGCUUAAUCAUGUUAAAGAGAUCAUUGAGUGGGGAACUGAUUAUUUUCCCAAGACUUCUAAUUCUACCGGUCACAGCAUAUACCGAACUGCGGCACAGACAAGUAGGAUCGGGUCAAAUCUCAGCUGGAAGUACAAUAGCUACUCAGACCUUGCUGCCCACAUUGCAGCUGCUUUGGCUUCUGGAACAAUUAUUUUCAAGCACAAUAAAGCUUAUUACAAAUCAAACAUUUAGUUAUAAAUAUAAUUCGCUGAUUAUUAAAUUAUAAUGGCAUGUUUGCAGAAGAGGGGAUUUGGGUUUUUCAUGCUGCUUGAGGCCAUCUUCUGACUUGUGAGAAACCAGUGACAAAGAAGAGCGAUGGUAGAGAUUCUUGAGAGGAUGACGUGGAAUCUUUCAAGCCUUUCCACCUAAUUUUCCUAUUUUUGUAAUUUAAUUAAUUAACUCUUUAUUUUUCCAGCAGCUUAUUAAUUGUGAUAUGCAUUGGUUGACUUAGAGUGCUUUACAGUGGUUUUUGGUGCCAUCUGCAUAGCAAUCGGGUGUGCUAUGAUUCUCUGUUUUAACAUGGUGUCGUCCGCAAGGGGAGGCAUGGUCUUACAUGCGACAUCUGUUAUACUGCAAUAGUAUGUGUUGUGUUAAAAUGGAUUUAGAUGGUAUGUGUUUAGUGCCUCGGCUGGGAUCGGGUUCUGGUUUGCACACAUGGCUGGAAUUUACUGUCAGAUUUUCCCCGAUCCCAUGGUUACAGUGUUAUUUCUGGUCAACAGGUCUGCUAUCUUUUGGAUCUUUGUGUGAUGCAAAUGGUGCUGCAAAGUUCUUUUCAGGCCUGGGGGAUGGUUGCGAGAAACAAACCUGCUGGAAAAAACUGCAUCGGAGCCUUUGGACUCGAUCAUGAAACAGUUAGUGGAAAGUAAUGGUCGAUUGCAUGAUGCAGAAUUUGAAAUUGUUUCUCUUAAAGAAAAAGUGGGAUUACUGGAAAUAUCAAUAGAAUCACAGAGAGGUGAUCUUGAGAUUUCAGAGCGUAGUCUUAAUAUGGCCAAUGAUCAAGCUUCUGAGAUGGAAAAGAAGGUUGAACCUCUUAAGUAUGAGUGUGGUACUUUGAAGUAUGAAAAAAUCCAGGCUUUAAACAAUGAUAAAUUAUUAGAAGACCUAGGAAAUUCUCAUCAUAAGGCAUUUUUACUUGCUAACUAAGCCCUCGUUGAUCAGUGCACUGUCUAUGACUUCUGUGGAACAACAGCUUUGAAUACUUUGGUAUCAAUUUAAUAGAAUUUUUUUUA